GCGAUGCGGCCGCUGACGGAGGAGGAGACGCGCGCGCUCUUCGAGAAGCUCGCCAGAUACGUGGGCGAGAACCUGCAGCUGCUGGUGGACCGGCCCGACGGCGCCUACUGCUUCCGCCUGCACAAGGACCGCGUCUAUUACCUCAGUGAGAAGAUCCUGAAACUGGCCACCAACAUCCCCCGGGAGAACCUGGUGGCCCUGGGCACCUGCUUUGGCAAGUUUACCAAAACCCAGAAGUUCCGGCUCCACGUUACUGCCUUGGAUUAUCUUGCCCCCUACGCUAAGUACAAAGUGUGGGUAAAACCUGGUUCAGAACAGUCCUUCCUUUAUGGGAACCACAUACUGAAAUCUGGCUUGGGGCGUAUUACAGAGAGCACAGCCCAGUACCAGGGAGUGGUGGUGUAUUCCAUGGCUGACGUCCCCUUGGGCUUUGGAGUGGCUGCCAAGUCCACUCAGGAGUGCCGGAAGGUGGACCCGAUGGCCAUUGUUGUGUUUCAUCAAGCAGACAUCGGGGAGUACAUACGCCACGAGGAGACACUGACUUAAC